UCACAACUCUUCAACAAUAUGAAAGCUGCGGAAACCAUUCGAGUGGCCCAAAGGGAUGGCUCUCCCUUGCGACUCGAGUUCGCAACCCCCCAUGAUCUGAACGAGAUCACCGACUUAUGGUACAAUGCAUUUUCUCCCAGCAUGCUACCCCUCUGGCCAGACACGCCCGGGGUGCGGCAGUGGUGGAAUGAGGCCAACGGCCAUGAUAUGCGCCACAAUCCCAAGGCCAAGUAUCUAAAGGUCGUCGACACCACACAGAACGGCCGGAUUGUCGCCUAUGCCAAGUGGUCUUUCGAAACCGCCAAAGAGCGCGGGCCACGGUGGCCAGCCUGGCACCCAGAAAUGGACGGUGCCUUGAUGGAUCGGUUCCUCCGUCAUCUGGAGACCAACCGGACGACGGCUGUGGGAGAUGCACGCAAAGAUUUCUAUCUUGACAUGCUGGCGACGCAUACCGACUACCGGAAACAGGGUGCGGCACGGCUGCUUCUCGAAUGGGGUUGUGAGGUGGGCGACGAGGAAAACGCGCAUAUCUAUAUUGAUGCCAGCACCGACGGCCAGCCGGUAUACCGGAGGUUCGGCUUUGUGAGCAAGAACGAUCCUUCCAUCGACGCAUUUGAGGUGGCAGCAAUGGUGAGACAGCCAGGGUGGAAAGCAGCUUGACAACCACACGGACAGAUGUUAUGAGUCGCAAGAUACCGGAGUGGUACAACAGCACAUUUCAAGCGACAAAGCGAUUGGCAUACGAGUCUUCCCAAUAGGUCUUUGAACAUGAUCGGUCAUUCGUGACUUGGGAGGCUGUUAUAUUAUUCUUUCAUUGUUAUAGAUUGGAGUGUGGGUAGGAGCAAUGUGAAAUUUCAUUUGAGG